AUGCUAUAUUUAAAACCUUAUCAUCUCCUCUUCACCUUGUUUCUCUUUGGUAUUUUUCCCACCAAUCAUGCCUGCAACCAAAUAGAUCACGACUCUCUCUUGUCCUUAGCCUUCAACCAUAUGUCUUCUCCUCCACUAAAUUGGGCUUCCAUUGAUUGUUGCUGGUGGGAAGGCAUUUCUUGUGAUCAUAAACAUCAAGUCACCCAUAUUUGGUUACCUUCUAAAGGUCUCAAUGGGAGUCUAUCUCCCUCUCUUAAAAACCUCACACGUCUCUCACACCUCAAUCUCUCCCACAAUACACUUUCAGGUCCUCUCCCUAAGCGAUUGUUUUCUUCCUUAAAUCAACUCAAGGUCCUUGAUUUGAGUUACAACCAUAUAUUUGGAGAGAUAAUUGGUUGGCCUGCCUCCAUUCAAAUUCUUGGCAUAUCUAGCAAUCAUUUCAACCAGACAAUCCAAUCUUUAUUCCUUCAAAGAGCAUGGAGGUUGAUCGAACUCAAUGUCAGCAACAAUAGUUUCGUUGGCCCUAUUCCUUCCUUUCCUUGCACAAAUUCUUCCUUGGUCAGGCUCCUCGAUUUCUCCCAUAAUCAUCAUAGUGGCCAUAUUCCUAGUGGACUAGGGGCAUGUUCCAAACUAAAGGUUUUUCGUGCAGGUUUUAAUUAUCUCUCUGGAUUGCUUCCUGAUGAUAUAUACAAUGCAGCAAGGUUGGAAGAAAUCUCUUUGCCCUCUAAUGAUCUUUUAGGACCCAUUAGCGGCGACAUUGUGAACCUUGCCAAACUCACUUACCUUGAGUUAUAUGGUAAUAAAUUGAGUGGCAAGCUCCCUGUAAAUAUUGGAAAGCUCUCCAAAUUAAAGCACAUAAUCCUUCAUACAAACUCCUUCAUAGGUUCUUUGCCCCCAUCUUUGAUGAAUUGCACAAAUCUCACAAAAUUGAUUUUACGGUUCAAUUUUCUUGAAGGAGACAUCUCUACCUUCAAUUUUUCCACUCUUCAUCAGCUUACUGUAUUUGACUUGGGGUUUAAUAAUUUCUUUGGUAACUUGCCAGAAAGCCUCUACUCAUGCAAGUCUCUCAUCGGAAUUCGACUAGCUCAAAAUCAACUAGAGGGACAAAUCCUACCUGAGGUACUUCAAUUGAAAUUCUUAUCGGUCCUUUCACUUUCUUACAAUAGGUUAACCAAUAUCACAAACGCAAUCAAGAUUCUGAUGCGUUGCAAGACACUCAGUGUAGUCUUCCUUGGAGGGAAUUUUCUACAUGAGGUAAUGCCAAGUGAUGACAAUAUCGUUGAUUCUGAUGGAUUUGAAAAUCUCCGAUUGUUUAGUCUUAAAUCAUGCCAAUUGUCUGGUCAAAUGCCUAUAUGGUUAUCUAGGCUUAAGAAGCUAGAAUUUCUAAGUCUAGCUUCCAAUCGUAUCAUGAGUUCAAUUCCUAAUUGGUUAUUGACUCUUCCAAGGCUCUUUAAUUUAGACUUAUCGGAAAACCUCAUUUCAGGUGAAUUUUCAAAGGAAUUUUGUGGAUUGCAAACAUUGGUGUCACCAAAGGCUCUAGUAGAUGAUAAUCAUUGGGAUGUACCAAUAUUUACUAGCCCCAAUCCUUCUGCACAGCACAAUUUUCUCUCAAGCUUGCGACCAGCAAUUGUUGUUGCUAACAAUAAUCUUAGCGGCAACAUCCCAAUUGAGAUUGGUUGUUUGAAGCUUCUUUCUCGGUUGGAUCUUAGUUAUAACAACUUCUCAGGCAGCAUCCCAAACCAAAUUUCAGAGCUCACUAACUUGGAAGUAUUAGACCUCUCUGCAAAUCAAUUGUCCGGCGAACUACCAGCAUCACUAAGUAGUCUACAUUUCUUGCAUGCCUUUAGUGUUGCAAACAACAAUUUGCAUGGACCAAUACCAUCAGGCACU